AUGUCAUUGCAGGAGACACAAUCGUAUGAAAAAAGCCAAAGCAACGAUGAUUUACUUAUUGAAGCAGAUACUUACAAACGUAAUAAUCAAACUGUAGACAUAUUGCCACCCAGUGAUACCUCUCUAAAGGGGUCAAGCAUUGAGAGGCAGACCACAUUUGAGAUUGGCGAUCUGUCUGCUUUGAAUGGGUUCAAAAAACUCACCAACUUAAUACAGUUUCAGCCAGAAAGUACAUUUAGAGAAAGAGUAGAUACUCAAAUUCUGAAUUACCAGUUUACUGGAGUGAGUACAAUAAACGAAAGUAUUGUUGCAACCGUGAGAAGGGACGUCACCACCAUAGGAUAUAAAUUAUUACAGAUAUUAUGGCCCAUUGAUUUGAGAGAGAAUUCGAAUACUUUUGUUAGGGGAGUUCAGUCACUCGAAAACGACGACGACUUGAGUUCUUCUGAGAAUACGACUAGAAUCAUCCUGGAAUGGGAUUUAUGGGGGCCUCUAAUUUUUGCGCUAGGCUAUAGCCUGAUUCUGACACUUUCUCAGAAAAAUAGAAGUAACCAGAUGCCGAAUGAAACCCCUGAGAUUUUUAGUGGUGUGUUCACGUUACUAACGCUCGCGUUGUGUGUCCUAUCCCUGAAUAUCCAACUAUUGGCUCCUUUAGAUAUUGGACCAGCACUUAAGAGAUUGCCUUUAUCAUUUUUUCAAGGAUUGAGCAUUUUAGGGUACUGUUUUUUCCCCGUAGUUUUGGGCAGUCUACUCUCUUUGUUUGUUUUUUUCAAACCAGUUCAGAUCUUAAUACAGUCAGCAAUGCUAGUUUGGUCCAUUUACUGCGCUUACUUUUUACUAAAUUUCAUGCAAAAGGAAGGCGAAAAUAGAUUAUUUCUGUCAGUGUACCCCGUGUUCUUAGUAUUUGGCACUUUUUCAUGGCUCUCUAUUGUUGGAUAG